AUGGCUUAUAUGCUGUCUCUGCGACCGCACAGCCCGCUCAAGCGCUCCUUCAGCGAUAAACCUUACCUGCAAUCUUGCUCUCCCCUGAAAGAGUCUUUUCUUGCGCCCCUCAGCGAUAUCACCACUCGCAACGCGUCUGCAUGUUCUCUAUAUACCCUUGGCUCGAACAGGUCCAACAUCUGGACUCGUGGAAACGAAAAUACUCCGCCUCUCACGUCGCAGUCCCUACUUGACCUUGUACCGGAACAACAGGGCUACAUCCUCACUGUUCAGAGCCUAGAUGUUCGAAACCUCGAACAUGAACCUCGGAAGCGUAACUGCGGCGUGGAUCGAGCACCACCAUCGUUGUCCCGCCCUGCAGCACUUUUCGUUCUGUCUUCAAAAAAGAGCAAGGGCCUACAAAACAUGAAGAAGUCCUACUUCGGCAGCGAAAGCUCGGUAGAAGACACAGAUGUUGAUGACGACAACAUUGAAGAGUCGGAACUGUUCAAUCUGCGCGAGGCCAUCCACGUACCUUUGCCUGGAGUAUGUUUUCCGGACGAAACUCGCGAUGAGCAGCAAGACGUCCGAAAAGCCAUACCUUCGUCUGUUCCAGCUGAAUCGAAACCAUUCCGUCGAUGGAUGAGUACCUUACGUCGGCGGCACCUUCAACGUCGCAAGAAGCUAGAGAUGUCUUUGGAUGGUGCAGAGGAAGUCCCAGUCCUUUGUUCGCCUUUACAGAUGUCGACUGACUCCGCACGAAGAACAUCAGAGUCGAUGACAUCUUCCAUGGGCUUUGUCACCACAGUCAAAACUACUUCAUUGACAAUUGGUAGCACAAGCAUCGCGCCAACGUCCGAGAGAGGCCUGCAUAACAAGACCAGGCUAGGCAACAGAAGCAGCAACAUUGACGCUCGCCGGUCAAUAGAGGGUCACCGCGGUGUUCUAGGCCCAGUCAUUGAUGAGAGUGCAUGGCUGAGAUCAUUGCAGCGUCGCAAAGUGGUAGAAGAAUUGAUCGCUUCAGAAGAAAGCUACAUCGCCGACCUUAAAGUUCUCAUCAAUGACUACUUCAUGAUUCUUACCGCCCUUCCUGCCCUGCCUGGCCACACGAAGUCAUCCAUACAGCAAAACAUAACCCAGAUCCUGCAGCUUCACGAAGACCUCCUUGCAGCAUUCCAACAAGCUGUCCCUCAAGCAGACUUUACCAAGAGUGCGCAGCAAGAGACUUACCCUGUAACAAAGGCCAAGCAUAUCCGUUUCCACAGCGCAGACAUCUUGCCAGGUCGCUUAGGUGAACACAAGGCCACGCGACGCCUGAGGCAUUCCUUAGAAAUUGGUCGAUCCCCAGAUAGAAGGCCUCGAGGCUUGGUCACAGACACGAAAACAGUAGGAAGCAUUGCCAAGAUAUUCAACCGACAUAUGAGGCGAUUCUUUGCUUAUGAAGAAUAUGGUGCGCAUUGGACGACAAUGUCUUCUGACCUUACCACCAUGUGCAAAGGGUUGCACGGCUGGCAGGAGUAUGAACGAGGGGUGGAAGCACUACAGAAGGUCGUUGCUUCUGAGAAUAACCGCGAGUCCGGCAGCAAGAAAGCUUUGAGCUUUGCUGAUCUGUUGAUCAAGCCAAUCCAAAGAGUGUGCAAGUAUCCCCUACUAUUCGAUGACCUCUGCCGCCAAACACCUGUGUGCGACGAUCCAGAAGCUCACGCUGAGUUGGAGAAGGCUCUGUUCCGAUUGCAAGAGACCAUCCGUGAGGUCAACAAGGCAAAGGACGACCCGAAGACCCGCCGACUGAUCGAGAUUACCUGGCAACUGCAGGACAGACUUUUAUUCCAGGAACAUGCGAUUUCUCGCGCGCUCGUGUUUCGUCUGCUUGGACACGUUCUUCUAUGCGGCGUCCUACAUGUAGCGUACCAGACCCCGGAGCGUGUGAAGGGACAAUACAUGGUCUGUGUAUUGUACAAAUCCUGCCUUAUACUCGCAACAACCACUCGGUCCUACUCGUCGUUCACUGUGGUUGCCUGCAUCGGCCUGGCAAAUGGCAGUAUUGAAGAACCAGACAACGGCCGGGGUAUCCAAUGUCACACUGCCUUUCAUACCUGGAAAUUCGUGUUCGAGCACAACCAUCGACUGCACGAAAUUAUCAUGACCGCCUGCUCGCCCCAGGAAGAAGCGGCGUGGAAAAUGCAGCUACACGAACGCAUUGUCUGCGAAACGCACGAUUUCGUCGAAGGACAAUCCACUAUGCAAGAGAUGUUCUCAUGCUUGAGCUUAGACAUCAAGUCUCUUGGGCAAGUGUUCGGCCAUGCAGACAGCCUGGUGCGGCGCAUGUCUAAAUACGCAGGCCCAAAAGCCGCCAGAAUCACUACCCACGUUCUCGCCGGGUGUAGUGGCUCGCUCACAGUCACUUCUAUCUUCGAAUCACGUUCCUACUUUGGCUCCAAGAAGAACCGAGCGCAUUCGGCUUGA